UCUUGUAGUCUUGUUAUCGCUUCGGCGCGCCAUGCGCACCGUCGCUGAACAUCCUGUAAUCUCUAUGACUGUCGGUUGAUUCGGCUGUAUUCAGUAUUCCUGUGAAAUGUGAAUUGUAUAUAUUUUCUAUAUUAAUAUAUUAUACAUUGUUGUGGUUUCGGAAUAUUCAAUAUUGUGAUGCUGACUUAUUGCAACUUAAAUACGGCAGAUCCGAGUUCCGAUACUCCACCAGAUUUUGAACGCAAAACAAUAUCUAAUGGUAUAUGUACCAUCAAAGAAAGUCACUAGAAACGAAAUUGAUGUAAUUUUCAACUGUGGUUGAACAUUUUGGACAAAACUCAUUGGCUAAUAACGGCGGUAGGAUGGAUAUUUCGAUGGAGGCAUCAGACCGAGAGUCAAUCCCAUUAAAUUCAAAUAGAUAUCCAGAUGAUGAUACCGAAAUUGCUUUAACAUCUAAAGGCUUAAAAUACAAAGGAAAAAAUGAACCUUACCCAAACUUUAUGCAACUAGACGAGUGUACAAUGGACGUAUCACUGGUAGUGAACAACCAAAAACUUAAUGCCCACAAAAAUGUCUUAGCUUCAAAUAGUGACUAUUUUGAUAGAAUGUUUGACAGUUAUUUCAAAGAACGGUUUCAAGAUAAAAUAGAAUUAAAUAUAACCGAUGUUAGCUUUGAAAUUUUGAGUACACUUGUUCAAUUUUUUUACACAUCAGAAAUAUAUAUUACAGAAAAUAAUGUUCAGGAUCUGUUGAUUAGUUCCAGUAUAUUUUUACUAGAUGAAGUCCAAACUGCAUGUGUAAACUACAUAAAAAAGAUAAUUGACGCGGAAAAUUGCAUAAAUAUGAAAGAUUUUGCUAAUACUUUAGGAUUAAAUGAUCUCUAUUCUAUAUGCAUGACUUAUAUAAUAAACAAUUUCAGACUUGUAGCUAACUCUAAAGAGUUUAUGAAGACUAAUUAUGAUGAAAUAAUGCUAUUAAUCAAGAAUGAUGAUUUAUUUGCUAAAGAAGAUAUGGUUUAUGAUGUUGUAAUGAAUUGGAUAAAAUAUGAUCCAACGACUAGAUCCAAAUAUUCUUCAGAUUUGUUAUGGUAUGUUCGGUUGCCAUUAGUUCUAAAUACUUACCAAGGAGUCAUAAAGGUUCAUGAGUAUCAAGGUGCUAAAAUUAAUGAACUUAGUUCUUUUCGAAUGGAGCAUCGAAGACCAUUUAGAAAAGGCAUAUUAGUGAUAAGUCAUUAUCCAUUUGAAUCAACUCCAGAGUGGUAUGACGCUGCGUUAGAUCAAUGGCAGAAUUGCAUAUGUGAAAAUUGUCUGUGUAAAACCUUUCAAUAUCGCUUAUUACCGCCUAGAACUUUGUGUACAGUUAUUUUACUCGAUGAUGGUCGCUUAUUUGCUGCUGGAGGUUCUAGGUAUGGCAAUGGAAUGAAAUCAACAUAUCUAUUCGAUCUGAAAACAAACAAAUGGAUAUCCUUUAUGGACAUGCAUUUUGAACGUCUUAAACCAUUUAUAGUGCAACUUGGAUCUUAUGUUUAUGCGAUUGGCGGUUGCACUAGUGAAAAACAAGAUGCCAGUGCUAUAGAAUGUUUUGAUUUACAGAGAAAACAAUGGUUUGUCAUAAAUUGUGAAAUCGACCUAAUUGAGACAUUUAAAAAUAAUAAUUAUGUUGCCUGCGUAAAAGGAUUAAUUUACAUAAUUGGAAUCAAUGAAGCUGGAUAUUAUGACUCUCGUAAUCACAAGUGGAAAUAUAUUGAUCCAAUACCUGAGUUUAAUACAGGUUCAGCAGUUUGCACAUUAAAUGGAAAUAUUUAUAUUAUUGGUGGUCAACGUUUGGAAAAUUGUUACAAAAGUGUAUGGGCAUACUGUACGCUAACUGAAGAAUGGGUAUCCUUAUCCGAACUAAAUUACGCUAGAUCGUUUUCUGGUGCUGUAGCAAUGAAUGGUAAUAUUUAUGUAUUUGGAGGAAAAAUGAUGAAUAAGUCCCAUUCAAAUACAUUUGAAAUAUACAAUCCUCACGACAACAAAUGGGUAACUUCAAAUGCUUAUAUGAAAAAGGAUCGAUGUCACAUUGAUGCUAUUGUGAUUGAAAAGAAUUCUGAAUUGUUUAAAAAAGUGUUUGAAGAAGCAACUAAUACUAUUAUUCAUUAAAAAAUGACUAUUCCAGCAAGUGAGAUAUUAGCAAAAUGGUUGGAUUAAAACAUUAGUCUAUUGCAGAAACCGGACACGUAAAAUUAUUUUAUAUAAUAAAAAAAAAUUCAAAAUUAAUUGUUUUAAAAUUAUUAUUGAUUAUUACUAGUAAUUAUUACUGAUGAAACAGUUAGUAAAAAUACUUUAAUUUUGUUAUAUAAAUUAUAUUUUGCCCAGGAUAUUUUAAAUUCAGUUUCCUAUAGUAUAAGACUUAAUAUAUAAUAUUGUGUUGUCUAUACAUUUUUUAAAAUUAAAUUUUCAUUAGACUGUGUUUCCAAUAAAAUUAUUUAGAUUUAAGUAUUUAUAAAUAAGCGAUUCAUAUUUGGGCGUUGUAUACAUAAGCAGCUACACUAAUUUGGUGUUACAUUAUGAGCUAGACCCAAAGUUUCUAUAUUGAUGGCUUUUUUCAUUGAUAAUUUUCCUAAACAUAGACAUUUUAGUAUGCAAUUUACAAUUCAUGAAACUAUGGAAUGUUACAACUUACAAAAUAUGAGGAAUAUCAGAAUAUAUUAUAAUUAACGGGUCUUACAGUUAAUUCUUUUUUUUAUAAAGCCAUAAAACAAUAAUUUUCUAUUUUAUUCAAUAAAUAUUUUAUCUUAAAUGGAUAAGUGUGCAAGCAGUUUAUUUAUUUUAUUAUUCCAAGUAUAACAUUAUAUAUUCAAUAUAUUUUAAAGUUAGAUAUUGCCAUCCUAAAUUCUACCUGUAAAAAUUUAUCUCAUAAGUAUUAUUAUAUUAAUUUUGAAUAUUUAAUUUAUGAUUAUUUAAAAUAUAUAUUUGCAUUGUAUAUUUUUUUUAUAUUCAUGAUAACAUAAUAUGUUUCCAAUGUUUCUAAACUGAAUUAGUUUUAAUUGAAUUAUUGUAAUAGAUAGUACCUAUGAAAUUUUUUUUAUUGGUUGUAUACUUAUUAUACUCCUAUGUCUUUUUAGUAUUUUUAACAGCUGUUAUUAUAUUAUUUUUUUGUAAUUAAAUUAUACAUUUUAUGUUUGAACCCACCAAUGCUUGAGUCAGUGGUAGUUUAAAGGUAUCACUUCUUCCCUUGGGCUUUGAAAAUGUGUAAAUACAUAGUAACUCUAAUAGCCAUCGCGGUCAUCAAACAUAACGUAAUUAUUAUAAUUAAAAGUUAUUUCAUGUUGGUAUGAAGCUGAAUUCCGUGCAAGGACUGGUAAACUUGACCAAUAUUUAUUAAUUAUUAUUUUUUGGUGGCCUUCUCAACGAUUAAUGUUAAUAAUUGUGAUACAAGUCAAAAGUUUGGCCACUAUAUUAAUGAAUAUACAAUAGAAUCUCAUUAUCCGCACGAAUAAUUGGGACUCUGUUUGGAUUGAACCAAAUAACCUAUGAAAUGAGCCAAAGUGCAUAUUUAAAUACUCUUUUCUGUAAAAAUCAUAUAUUAUACAAAGCUUAUCCUACAAGAUAUAAUGCAACACAGUAUUAGGUCCCACAAAAUACAAAAUAAUUUAUCAUUCUGAUUAUUUUUCUGAUAAUACCAUAAUAGUAUGUAUUUAAAAAACGGCUGUCCGGAUAAAUUAAGUUCUGCUGUACUUAACAAAUAUACCAGUCGUCAGAACACAAAUCCAUUUGAAUAUUGGUAUACAUGUACAGUUUCACGUUCAUGGAGAAUAAGCUUAAUAAGUGUUCAUUUAAUUGCUUACCAUGUAUUAAGAAAUAAAAUUGAAAUUUUUAUGUAUUUGCAAAAUAUUUUCGCCCUCCCACUGGGAUUGAACAAGAACCACCCCUGACUUAAGUAAGAUACACUGAUAAUAAAGAUCUGCAUAAUUUUUAAAUACUUGGACAUUUUA